UGCAGUGAAAAAUCACGUUUAAAUACUUGAAGCACAAAAAAAAGGAGCUAUUUACAUAUAUACUCUUACACAACAUCAAAUAAUCCUCUCCAGUAAUCCACUCGACUACACUAAUUUAGAAAUUCAUACAAAGGAUAAAGCAGCCCCACCCACAAUGAGCACCUCCACAUUGGCCGCUCCGGCGACCCCAAAGACGGUGCAGGUCAAGUACAAGCGCGCAAGCAAGGAAGCAACCGUAGCACUGCUCGGAGUGCUAGAAAAGUUCAGCAUCGACGAGCAGGUGGCAGUGAGACGCAACUCACGGCAGCUGCCCAAGAUGCUGGUGGCCAUAUGGCGCGAGAACUACAAGUGUCUCGACUUUCAAGAUUUUCAAAAGCAAUUGCUCGGCGAUGCACUGCAGCAAUUUCUGCGCAAGAUGCGCCGCCACUUCUGCAGUGUGCGCUUCAACAGCGAUCAGCUGCAGGAGCAGCUCAAUCUGCUGGAGCGUAGCGGCAUUUCGGAGCUGCCCGGCGUUAACGAGUGCGUGAUCAAAUGGGAUAGCAGCAAAGGCGACUGCUAUGCCAAGUGGCCGCUGCACUCGCUGCCGAAGCUGCUGUCACAUUUGCAUCGCCUCGAGCUGCACAUGCCCAUCCAGUGGGGCUUCUUCGAGCAGUUCGGCCAGCUCAAGUGGCUGACACUGCACGAACAAAUCUCCACUGAGGGGCUCGCCGCAAUCUGGUCGGGCUGUGACCGCUUGAAGUGCCUGCAAAUGUUAGGGUGUGGCUCGCCCGAUAUCAGCGGAAUUUCGAAAUGUGCCAAGCUGCAGGAGCUGACGCUGCCCGUGUCAGUCAUCACCGAGUGCACCGCCUCGGAGAUUUGUCAACUACCUCAAUUAAUGUUUCUCGAGCUGCAGCAGAAAGGGGAUACAGCCGAGAAGAUACUCAAGGCCAUGUCCUUGGUGCUGGACCGCCGAACCAACGACAUCAAAACAUUGCAGAUCAACGGCAGCCGCCUGGGCCAUGUCGAAUGGCUGGUCAAGCUGAAGCUGCAGCGCUGUCGACGCUUAGAUGGCCUCAUGCUGAUCGAUUGUCACUUCGGGGCCAAGGAUAUCACCACCCUGGGCAGCUUGCCCAUGCUAAGCUAUGCGGCAUUUUGUGACUGCACCGAUCUCACCGACAAGCAGGUGGUGGACUUCGUCAAUGGCAGUCCGGUGCUCACCCAACUCUAUUUAAUCGGCUGCACAAAGCUGACGAGCAAACUGCUCUUUCAUCUCUUCAAUAUGCGGUGCAUAGAGCGAUUGGGUACUCCGCCCCUAGGGCUCUAUCUGCCGGCGGGUGAGCCCCUUCAUCAGGAGUUCGAGCUAAAUUUUAGCAAGCAGUCGACGCUUGAAUUGCUGGAAACGCCUCUCGAGGAUAGUCACAUGCAGCAUAUGCAGUUCAUAUUUCUUCAAGCCGAGUCCCAGCAAUAAAUGUUUUAGAUCAAUUGCACCAUCAACCAUUUGUGCUUUCACUGCUUAGCCAUGACCACGGCGGCGGCAUCCGCGUCGGCUGCUGUUCAAUUGCUAAUUGGCCGCCCGCCAUGUGGUGAUUUGUCAAUAUGUGGCCACGACUCCACGCAAUGCGCCACGCAAUGUGGCUCCUCAGACUCCAACUACAACUCCAACUCCAACUCCAUCUAC